AGAGUCCCUCUGUAAAUACACAGAGACAGAUAUAUAUUGUACCCAGAGGGGAAGCUCAUAAAACCAACCAAAAGCCUCGUACAAUCUCCUCCCUUUCUUCACGUCUCUUGUUUUUAGCUCUCAGGUACAUCUAUUCAGCUCGCCGUUCAUUUCUUCGCCCCUUUAAAGUUGUCGAGGAACUCUGAAUAUGGGAAGUACCGGUGGUGAAGAGAGCAUGCCAUCUGGGAGCAGUGCAGCUCCAUGUUCCGAGGCAACUGUAGAGAUAAAGAUAAAGACACUGGAUUCUCAAACAUACACAAUGCGAGUGGACAAAUCUGUACCGGUACCUGCUUUAAAGGAACAGAUUGCUUCCGUUACUGGUAUAGUGUCUGAACAACAACGCCUAAUAUGCCGAGGAAAGGUACUGAAGGAUGAUACACUCUUGUCAGCUUAUCAUGUUGAAGAUGGGCACACAUUGCACCUGGUUGUGAGACAACCUAUUCCUCCAUCAUCUGAAAGCUUACCUGAUCAUCCAGCAACUGAUUCAAUGCCAAGUGCUGAGCAUAGUCAUGGUGCCAGUGUGCUAGUUGGAACUUUUAAUAUAUCUGAUCAAGGCGAUGGAGCUCUUCCGGAUCUUGGUCGGAUUGUCUCUGCAGUUCUAAGUUCUUUUGGAGUUACAGAUGUUGGAAGUGGCGGUGAAGGGGCGAACAUGCAAGUACCUGGGCUAGAAAGGCUCUCACAAGGCUUCAGAAGUUCUAGCAGACAACAAUAUAAUCAUACUGCUCCAGCAGCGGGUGAAUUUCCAACUCCACUUGUAUUUUCUGCAAACCCUAUGCAGCCACCAGUGAUUCCUGAUUCCUUAACAACUUUGUCCCAGUAUUUGAACCGUUUGAGGCAAGAAUUGAGCGCCAAUGUGGGUGAGCAGAACAAUCCAUCUCAAGCUGCAAAUAAUCAUGCUAGUGAUGUGCGAAGUGCAAGUGGUACAUCAGGUUCUGCACCUAUGCAUGGAGCUGGAGGGCUUCCAACACCAGCAUCCCUCGCAGAAUUAAUACUUUCUACUAGACAAUUCCUCAGUGAACAAGCUGGGGAAUCCUUAUUGCAACUUACAAGGCAGAUUGAGGAUCAUACAACUGUAACUAAUCCUGUUGAGCGGAUGGGAAUUCAAUCCAAUGCUUUGAGAGUGGGAGCUCUUAUGCAAAACUUGGGUGCUUUGCUGCUCGAGCUUGGUCGUACAACUAUGACACUUAGGAUAGGCCAAACACCGGUUGAAGCUGUUGUAAAUGCGGGACCUGCUGUUUUUAUAUCUACAUCUGGUCCAAAUCCUAUAAUGGUUCAGCCACUUCCGUUUCAACCUGGAGCAAGUUUUGGGGCUGUUCCUAUGGGAACUGCUGCACAUGCUGGGUCUGGACUAUCUGGUGGAUCAAGUGGUUCUGGUUUUCUUCCAAGGAACAUUGAUAUCAGGAUACGUACAGGUUCAUCAAUGCCCUCAUCUGGUUCAGGACCCGGGGAACAGACACCUGGACAGUCUGUAGGGCAAACCAAUCAAACAAGUCUUGGCACUGAAAAUGCUGUAAAUCAAGCCCCUUCAGGCACCAAUGGGAGUUCAUCUACUAUCAGACACUCUGGUGUAAGGGUAGUUCCCCUCAGGACUGUUGUAUCUGCAGUUCCUGCUACUGGUGGGCGUGCACCUACUUCUCUUGGCUCUAUGGGGUUAAUCUAUCCUGUGCUUGCCAGAGUUCACCAUGGACAUUCUGGAAAUUCAAAUAGUAAUAGAGGUCAAUCAUCUGAUGAACUUCCUCAUGGUGCUGAGACAUACCAGCAGACAAAUUCUAAUGUUGCCACACAUCAGCAAUCUGAUGUCCCUGGAGCAGAUGAAAUUCGUGGCAGCCUUGAUCAGUUUUUCAGGACUAUGUUAGCUAAUGAGCAGAUUCAUGACAUUAAUUUUCAAGGAAUGAGCACAGCACCUGUUAAUGGGAAUGUGGAAGCAACUAAUGCUUCUAAUACUCAAGCAUCAUCAGAAGUGGGUGACGAAGGGACUUUCUUGUCUAAUUUGCUACGUCAGAUCAUGCCUAUUGUAUCUCAAAAUACAAGUGAGACGAACAAUUCAUCUGUUGAGGGAGACAUAGAAGAUGGGAACCCACGAGUUUCGUCAACUAGUGCUGAUGAGGAUAAUUCUGGCAGGGGAUCCUCACGUCAACGUGAACAUAGUGAAGACUCAGUUUGGAAAAGCUCAAAGAGACAAAAGAAAGAGUGAUUAAGAACUCUAAUACAAUGAAGCUGAAGUUCAGCAGAUGCUAUGAGGAGUUCCGAGAAGUGGUUUUGGAUUUUCAUGGUUUAAUAUUUUUGAGUUUCGUCUGCAUAGCUGCUGUUAUACAAGGAAUCUGCAUCAGUGCACAUAAGUAGUCUUUCUUCUCUAGAUGCAACCUAGGCAUGCUAAGCUGCACAUAUAAAGUAUAUUGGUAUUUUGAGCUUUCUAUUGCUGGUGAAUGGUUUGAACCACCAAAAGUUGAGAGCUUUUAUAAUGCUCAAUAAUGUCCGACAAAUUAAACGUACUUGGAUGGCAAGAGCAAUUGGUCUGAGCAGCUAUAAAGUUCUUGCUGAAUGCUGUAGUUUUUUUAAAAAAAAAUUGCAUUUUGUAAGCAAAUGUUUGGGCAGGGAGAUUUUGUUAAAAUGCUGUUAUUGGAUUUGAUUA